AUGAUGGCUAUGCAGCAGCAGCAGCAGCACGCGGGGUCGGCGUCCGGGUCGGCGUCGGCAUCGAGCUCCAGCUCGGGGCUGCACCUUCUCGCCUCGCCCUCGUCCUUCGGGGACACCACCCACACCAAGGUUUUCGUGGGCGGGCUCGCCUGGGAGACCAACAGCGAGAGGCUCCGCCGCUUCUACGAGCGCUUCGGGGACAUUCUCGAGGCCGUCGUCAUCACCGACCGCCACUCUGGCCGCUCCAAGGGAUACGGAUUCGUGACAUUCCGUGAAGCCGAGUCCGCGAGGAAGGCCUGCGAGGACCCCACGCCGGUGAUCGACGGCAGGCGAGCCAAUUGUAACCUGGCUUCAUUGGGUCGAGCCCAGCAUCGCGUGCCCCCUGGGCGGCCAAGAUCAGCUGGGUCCUACUUUGGUGUCCCAGUUCCAAGGGCCUUUUAUUUAGGGAGUUAUGGCCACCACCGACCGUUUCCACUUGGUUACUACCAAGGAUUUCCAGUUCCCCAGUACAGUUACCCUUCAUAUGGGACUGAAUACAUCUAUCCACAGGGUACAUUAAACCCAUAUUCUGGUCAGCAAUAUCUUCCUAUUUAUGGAGUCUCAGCUGCAGCAAACACAGCCAACCAAACAUUUAGCCAGUUGAGUCCAUCCAUUUCUGGUGGGGGCAAUGGUUAUUUGUCGGUUCAUAGUUACAACAUGCCUGGAAAUCAAUAUGUACAGCUCACUGGAUCAAACUUCAGCAGUGCAUCACCAACAGCUCGACCUUCCAUUCAGACUCCUUUUUUAGUAGAAAUCUGGAAAUUAUUUAAGGUACCCUUAGAUUGCAGCAGGACUAAAAAGAGCAGUGUUGCUGUAUUCACAGCAUUUGUUCUUGCCUGGCAAGAAAUCAUCCUUGCAUUCAUAAGGUUGUCGUUAUCAUGGUCAACAGAUGUACCUGUAAAUCGUGAAGUUGCCCCUAUGGAUGGGGCAAGUGAUCCAAGAGCAAUGGUUGCUCUUGCAGUUUCGCUCGGUUUAAAUCGUAUGCGUGAUGGAGCAUGA